AUGGUGGGGAUGUACCAGCACCAGCUCCGCGACGACCCCUUCGGCACCCUAGGCGGCGGCCACUGCGGUGACCAGCCACGCAUCGCCGGUGGCGGCGCCUCCUCCUCCUCCUCGUCCUCCUCCUCCUCCUCCUCUCCCUCGGCUGUUCUCGCCCCGCUGCCUGCAGAGGCGUAUGGCGGCGGAGAGCCGCGGCAGCGGUUCGAGGCGGUCGCCGACGGGGGAAGCGUGUUGCGCGGCGCGGGAGGCGGCAAAGGCGGCGCCGUGGGUGGGGAUCUGGGGGUGCUAGUGCGGUGGAUGCGGGAGCUCGCAGCGGAUCCCGUGGCUCCCCUUCCGGCGCCAUCAGUGCACAGGGCGAGGAAGCGGCACGUGCUGGCCUUGCGGCGCGCUCGCUACCUUAGAUUGGAGGACGUGGAGGACGCAGAAGAGCUUCCCAGCUUCUACAAGAAAAGGAAGCUCUACUGGGACAAACAGAAAAAGAAAGGGUGCUUGAACAUGCCAACAAGGAAAUCUGAGAGGCUAGCUAAGAGAAUGAAACUCAUGGCAUCAUUGCUCCUCACGCAACGGAAAAAGAUUGGAGUAGGUGAGCACUUUCAGGCAGAGGUACCUGAUUGGACUGGGCAACCUUCAGGAAAAGAGCUUUCACGUUACAGGAGUGACCCAGAGACAUCAAAGAUGUUAGGGACUAGGAUGUGGCCUCCUGAGGGUGAAGUUUAUAAAACCGACAUUGUAGCUGUUGGGCAGGGAAGGCCCGGAUCAUGUAGUUGCCCCUUCCCAGGAUCCUUCUUCUGCAGACAGCUCCACACAAAUGAAGCAAGAGAUCAGCUACGCUCUGAACUUGGUCGAGUUUUUACAAUGUGGCAGUUUGAUUCUAUGGGGGAGGAGGUUUCUAAGUUGUGGAGUCGCGAUGAGCAGCUAAAGUUCGACGCACUUGAGCAAUUGGUUCCUGUUAUGGAUCAAAAGACAUAUUGGGCCGUUGUGUUGAAAAAUUUUGCUUCAAAGCCCAGGAUAGAUUCGAUAAAGUACUACCUGAAUGUGUUCCUGAUGAGAAGAGUGUUGAGUCAGUGCAGACUGAGUCUUCUGGAAAUUGACAGUGACGAAGAUGAAGUGGAGGAAGAGGAGGAUGAAGAUGAACCUGAAGGAUCCAGCUCUCUUCAGAGGACUCAAGAUGUCCAGGACUUGAAGAAGGUGCCAUGA